CGACAACUCAAUUCCUUCACCCGCCCACACCACACGCAAACCCCAGCUCCGCAUUCUGUUGUUUUUUUUGUUUUUUGUUUUUUUGUUUUUAUAUAUAUAUAUUUUGACCAGCGCAAGAAUAAGGAUGGAAUCGCCCGUCCGCCCUUCGUUUCGAAGUUGGUAAUUGGUUGUUACUGCUCCCUACCCUACCUUCGCUCCAUUGCCUGCCUCUUGGUGCUUCCGCUUCCCUGGAAAGAAUAUCCCCAGGACAACCGGGCAUAAGGAUCUACCUGGAGAAUCUGGAUACAUACGAAGUUUUAUAUCCCUUCUUCUAUUCUCGCCGAGUCGUCCGCAAUCCCCGCUCCGCCAACCCGCCCUAAAUCCGAAUCGGUGAACCUGCCGGGAGAAGCGGAGACGGCCUCCUCGGACCGGGAAUAAAAGGAGCGGAAACGAAAAAUAUUUUUCCAAUUAGAAGAUAUAGAUAUAAUACAUAUGCACCCAACCCACUAGAGAGAUAGAAAAAGAGAAAGAGAGAGACAGAAGAAAGUAUCCCAAUUCGCAUCCCCGCCUAGUAUAAACGAAACUUACGAAGAGAAAGAGAAACGGGAGAGAGACGGGGGCGGCGAUGAGCCAGAAUUCGACAACGACAAACUCGUGGAUGUCGAUGCCUGGCUUCUUCUCCUCCGGCACGAGCACCAGUAGCAGCACGACCACCGCUGCCGACAACACAACGAGUGCAUCAUCAUCGCCCUCCACUGCUUCUGCCUCCGCUACCAAUACCAUCCCUGUCACUGCUCCUGCCGCCAUUGCUCUUCUCCCACCUCCUACUGUAUUUGGCGACGGCGAUCGGGAUCGGGAUCGGGCGCAUGCGACGAUGACCACGGAGUUGGGGGUGGAGGGGAGAAAUAAGCGGCCUAGGACGAUGAGGGGUGAUGAGCGGGUAGACGGUCAUGCUCAUGCUCAUGCUCCUGCGCCCAUCACUGCGCAUGUCCAUGUGGAUGUUGAUGUUGAUGUUGAAGCUGCAAGGCCGCCGUAUCUACAUUCAAUGAUAGCCGGUGGUAUCGGCGGGACCAGCGGGGACCUGCUCAUGCACUCGUUGGACACCGUCAAGACACGGCAACAGGGCGACCCGCACUUCCCACCCAAGUACACAUCCAUGUCCUCCUCGUAUAUUACCAUUCUACGGCAGGAAGGGAUUCGGAGAGGGUUAUAUAGCGGAGUCACACCGGCAUUCCUGGGCUCGUUUCCAGGGACGGUGAUAUUUUUCGGCACGUACGAGUAUAGCAAGAGGCACAUGUUGGAUGCGGGGGUUAAUCCGUCGUUAUCAUAUCUUGCAGGCGGCUUCAUCGCCGAUCUCGUCGCCUCCGUUGUCUACGUCCCGUCAGAAGUCCUAAAAACCCGUCAACAGCUGCAAGGACGAUACAACAACCCCUUCUUCCGCUCCGGAUACAACUAUAGAGGCACAAUCGACGCAUUCCGCACAAUCGUCCGCCAAGAAGGUUUCGGCACAUUAUUUUCGGGAUACAAGGCGACGCUCUUCCGCGACCUGCCUUUCUCUGCGCUGCAAUUUGCGUUUUAUGAGCAAGAGCAGAAACUUGCGAAAAAGUGGGUUGGGAGUAGGGAGAUUGGAUUGCCGCUGGAGAUACUAACGGCUACGACGGCGGGCGGCAUGGCGGGCGUUAUUACUUGUCCGCUUGACGUUGUCAAAACGAGAACGCAGACGCAGCAGAGUCCGGAUUCGUUUGCUAGGUCGGCUCCCUCAGCAGCUUGUUCUUCUGCUGCUGCUGGUGGUGGAGCUGGUACUGCCACUGCUCCUGCUCCUGCUCCUGCGGUGGCAGGAAAGCAUAAGAUGAAAAUAAAAGAAGCGGCGUCGAAGAAUAUACAGUCUUCCAGAUUAAUAUCGACAUCCUCCCCAUCCACAUCCACCGUGAGACCCGGAGCGUCACUACUAGAUACGUCGUCAGUAUUUACAGGGUUGAAAAUGAUAUACCGGACAGAAGGGAUUGUGGGGUGGUUUCGAGGGGUUGGUCCACGGUUUUUGUGGACGAGUGUGCAGAGCGGGACGAUGUUGGUGCUCUAUCAGUAUCUGCUAAAGAAGCUGGAUACAUACCAGGAGCAACGCGAGGGUGAGUUGGGAGGCGGUGGGGCUGUUCUAUGAUUUUCCUUUACCCAAGCGCACCCUACACACAGCAGUGGUUUCCUUUCUUCGAUGGUAUAUUUUAUAUUAUACUACAUUUUAUUUUUUGUUUUCCCUUUUUCUUCUUUUUUUCUUCUGCUGUUUCCUAGAGGGUGAGCUAUACCAUCUCGUUGUUAGCCAGGGAUGUGUGUCAUUUUGCAUAGACAGGCGUUUGGUGUCGGUUCUCUACCUCUUCUACUUCUUCUUUUGAUGUAUAUCACUUCUUCUGGUGUCCUCGUAUUGUUUUUUUCUCUCUCAUUUUGUCGCUGUUGAUAUAACUGUACAGUACCAGAGGAUGCCCUUCUGUGGCUCAUACAUACACUUUUGGCGGGAUAUGGAAUAACUCUACUGCAAUUCUUUUUAUUAAUUGAGAGACAUGGAAGAAUGCUCCAUAUAACUCUACGAGUAGUCCUAUAAUAGCAUAACUAUAACAAUGAAUCAAAUAACAAACAAUAAGCUAAUGCCA